AGUCUACAUAAAAAUCUUAAGAAAGAAACUCAAAAAAUGGAUUAGUCGUCAAAAAAUAAUUAUAUUAUAGGAUUUUUCCUUUAAUUAAAUAUCAAAAAAGGUUUUAAAGUUUCUGUGUUAAUAUGGUAAUCAUGAAAUAAAUGUGAAAGUGAAGAAAUUAAAACGAAAUUUUGUGAAAUUCGACGCUUAAAAAAUUCUUGUUCAGUCGCUCACCAACACAAACAUCGUAAUUUAUGAAAAUGGAAUCCACCAUUUGAUUCGAGUCAAAGAAACCAAAUUUUUUUUUCUGUAAAUAGUUUGAUUAAUUUUAAGGGUUUUAAAAACUUUCAUCUUACGUUGGUCGAGUGUUUUGCUGAUUCCUGUUUUUUUGAUUAUUCAAUUGUAAUCAGUCUAAUGAAGUAAAUGCAUUUUCGCCAUAUUCAAGAAAGAGCACUCAAAAUAAUAUGGUGGCAAAUAAUUAAUUGAAAGAUAAAAAUACCACAUACGAGCAGUCAUUUCUUUUUUGUCUUAGUAUAUUCAACAUAGUAAGCAAGGAAUGAAAAGUAAAAUAUCCAAAACUAAAAAAAUUGCUAUUUGUGUGAUACGAAAUUUAUAAAAUUGUUGGAUAAUUAAUAGAUUUCUCUGACACAAAAAAAAAUUCGUGCUGUAACGAAAAACGCAAAUGAAAACUUCGCAUUUUUCGGAAAAUUUUGACUUGUGUCACCCGCAAUCGGGUAGUGAACAUUCAAACAGUAAUUUCACGUCAAAUACAAACUUUUCAAGUGAUAUUGCAUCGAGACAUGGCUCGUUUGGCACAUCAGCAACACUAAACUAUUCAUUAUCAUCUACAUCGUCAGUCUCUGCGAUUGUUACAACAUAUGGAAGCAGCUCAAGUGAGCAGCACUCAGCGAAAUUCGAAAAAAAUGCUAAUGAGCUAUCUCUAAAAAACCAUCAAAAUCAACAGCAGCAACAAGAACAAAAUAAAAAGAGAAAACGCGAGACAGCUGAUGCGGGUUGUGAUUGUGGUUGCGUUGAUAGCCAAACGAUUAUCAGCACGACAAGCACAUUGAAUCCAUCGCAUUCCCAACAACAAUCUUCAAUAAUGGGCGCUCCAUCUAAUGGAUCUAAAACAGCUCAUUCAAAAGUUGCAAAUGGAACGAACAUAGGAACAAGUGGUAAUACAAAUCAAGCAACAAGUAAAAGAUCAAGCAGUGGAGCUGACGGUGAUUAUCAAUUGGUACAACACGAGGUGUUGUACUCACAGUCAAGUCAAUACGAGGUUCUUGAAUUCCUCGGUCGUGGCACAUUCGGACAAGUCGUAAAAUGCUGGAAAAAGGGUACUAGCGACAUAGUUGCUAUUAAAAUCUUAAAGAAUCAUCCAUCGUAUGCCCGCCAAGGCCAAAUUGAGGUUUCUAUCUUGUCACGUCUCAGUCAGGAAAAUGCAGACGAGUUCAAUUUCGUUCGAGCGUUUGAAUGUUUUCAACAUAAGAACCACACAUGCUUAGUUUUUGAAAUGCUGGAGCAAAACUUGUACGACUUCCUGAAGCAGAAUAAGUUUUCGCCAUUGCCUUUGAAAUAUAUCAGACCAAUAUUACAACAGGUCUUGACUGCAUUAUUGAAACUAAAACAACUUGGUCUGAUUCAUGCUGAUUUGAAACCAGAGAAUAUUAUGCUUGUUGAUCCCGUUCGUCAACCAUACAGAGUGAAAGUGAUUGACUUUGGAAGUGCAUCCCACGUAAGCAAAACGGUUUGCAAUACCUAUUUACAAUCACGAUAUUAUCGUGCACCUGAAAUCAUUCUUGGUUUGCCAUUCUGUGAAGCGAUUGAUAUGUGGUCGCUGGGAUGUGUCGUUGCUGAACUUUUCUUGGGCUGGCCUCUUUAUCCAGGCUCAUCUGAAUAUGAUCAAAUUAGAUACAUAUCACAGACGCAAGGCCUUCCCACCGAACAUAUGCUGAAUAGUGCAAGUAAAACUGAAAAGUUCUUUUAUCGCGAUGAGGAUUCAACAUAUCCAUUCUGGCGUCUUAUAUCACCGGAAGAAAAUGAAAUCAUGACUAAUAUAAAGAGCAAAGAGGCUCGUAAAUACAUUUUCAAUUGUCUUGAUGACAUUGGACAAGUAAACGUUCAAAUGGAUAUUGAAAGCAGUCAGCUACUUGCGGAGAAAAUCGAUCGUCGUGAGUUUAUUGACUUGUUGAAACGUAUGUUGACAAUUGAUCAAGAACGACGAAUUCAGCCUGCACAAGCUUUGCGGCAUUCAUUCACGACACUUUCGCAUUUAGUUGACUAUGCACAUUGUAAUAAUGUGAAAGCGAGUGUUCAAAUGAUGGAAGUUUGCCGUCGUGAUCCUCCAGUUCAUACUGUCCCGCAAGCUACAGCAACACUUGUUACUAACUUCGGACCAAGUACUACUGAAAAUAUGACGUUUACAAUCAACAAUCAAUUGACAAGUCAAGUACAACGACUAGUAAGAGAACGAAAUCCUGCAACAUAUGAUAAUGUUUAUCAAUUUUAUGGUACGCCAAGAAAUGUCGUGCGUCAAUAUACAACUAAUACACGAGCUGCUGAAGUUUUGCCACCACAAUUAAGCUUCAUAUGCCCAUAUAACCCCAUGCCAAGUCCUACCACAAAGCAUGUUGUUGUUGGCAGUGGCAUGCAACCUUCAAUUCAAGUUCCACCACAACAAUAUGUUAAUGUUCCUGUUCCUGUUUCUAUGACAAUGGAACCAAAUGGACAAAGAAUGCUUUUAACAAAUGCUGUUCAAUCAACAGUUGCCUGGCCACAAGGGGGAACACGACAAGUUGCGAUUGUUCCAUCAUGGGGACAACAUGGAGCUGCACCACAUUCUUUAAUUGUCGAUUCAGCUCAGUUCUAUAAUGUCGAGGAGAUUUAUGCGAAGCAACCGUUGAGUAUACAUAAUGCUAGUGGUGGUAGUGGUGGCAAUGGUGGCAAUAAACAACGUAAUCAAUCGCAAAAUCAUCAUCAAAUUAUUAACUCAACUAUCACUAUAAAUGAUACACCUUCACCAACAUCAGUCAUUUUGAUAUCAGAUAGUGAAGAUGAAGAAGAAAAUUCUAAUAACAACAGCAAUUCUAAAAAUUUUCGUGGAUCAUAUAAUAAUCAGCAAAGCUUUUCAACAAAUAUGUCGACACAAUGUAACAAAGUCAGUGGAGAAAUUACGAGUGUAAUUAGUGGCAACACAUCCUCGGGAAAUCACCAGCAACAACAACUUCAACAGCGACAAUCGCAACAGCAACAACUUCAACGAAAAAAUGUCAUUUCUUGUGUGACAGUUGGUGAUAGUGAUGGUGAAGAUAAUUCUGCUCCAAAAUAUCAAUCAGCCCAAAAUGUUAAAUACGAGCAACAACAAAACCAACAGCAGUCAAAUUCUCAACAGCAACAAAAUAAUGCUCAUAGUCAGCAGAGUCAAAAAAAGCGUUUGUUGGCAAUGUCUCAAAAUGAAGCUAAUCAGACUGUCUCAGUUCCAUCAAGUUCCUCAGGGAAUCAAUUGAAACAAGAACCAGUAGAAUUUGCCACAGCUUUUAUGAAUCAGUUUGAAUAUCCAUCAUAUGAUCAUCAGAAAAGAUCGUCAUGGGUCGGUGCAGGUCCUUCAAGUUCAAUUGUCGUUCAGCCACCUUUGGCUCAUGCUCAUAAUCAGCAUAAACGUGAGUUAUCAGGAAGUGGAUCGACACAACAACAGCAACCACAACCUCCAGUUGCUCAUGUCAAAAAUGAUAUCCCAUCCACAGCAAGUUCUUCUACCUCUUUGAAUACUACACCAAUUUACCAGCAUCAUCAACCACAGCAGCAAUCGCAACAUCAUCACCAUCGAACGCAGCCUCGAACAUCAAACACCACGCCCAUGGGCAACUCACCGAUCGGUACAACUGCAGCAACAUUGUUGCAACCGCAACCACCUGAUAUUUAUGCACAAGCUGAACUUUAUCGUCGUCCGACAGUUUUUGUUUCACAAGCUUCGUAUGCUUAUAAUACAGCUCGUGUAGUGCCACCACCAGCACAUACUAAUAGUCGACAAGUGCUGCCUGCUCAGCCUUUACCAGCUCAUAUUCAAUUUCCACAAUACGGUCAGUUUGGUGCACCUUUAAGUCCCGCGCAAUUGACGGGCAAAGCUUAUCCUGGAAAUUUGUGGUAUGCUGAGUAGAUUGUAGGACUAUCUAAAAGUAUGAAAAAAAAGAAAAAGUUUCAUCAUUGAUUUAUUUUUGCAUUUAUUUAUGAGUUUUUAAAAUUGAAAAUUACCUAACAAAAAAAGAAAAAAAUAGUGAAAAAUAAUUUUCCAAUGUAAACUAUAAAUUAAAAAUAUUAUUUCAAUACUAUUUUUAUUGGUUCAUUGAUUAUGAAUAUCCGAUGAAUUUGAAGAAAUAAUUGAAAGAUAAAGCAGUUUUUGUCAGAUCGAAUAAGAAAAUCGAUUAGAUAUUUAAAUAUCAAUAUUGAUCAGAAGUCUCAAACUCUAUCAGUUUCUUCUUAAUAGAUAUUAAAUGCAUAACUACCACAUACUAGUACAUACAUACUAAUAAUAAAAAUAUUAAAUGGAUGAUCAAUGUUAAUUCAACAGUAUAAAGAAGAAAAUUAUAUUUCAAAAAAAAAAAUGCGUAAAUUUAAAUAUGCGUGGGUGUAGGACAUUUGAUGAAAACUUUAGACUAUUACAAAAGUACAAUACAAUAUUAAGAUUAUUAAAUGAGAAAAGAAAAGAAAAUUGUUGAUUCAAUAUCUUUGAAAAUGAAUGAAUUAAUCGGUAUCCUUAAAUUCUUCAUUAUUAACACUUUCCUAUAAAAUUAAUAUAUUUAUAAAUAAACAACAACAUAACACCUAUUCGUAAACACACACCUAGACAUAAACAAAGAGAGUUUUUGAUGUAUGUUUUGAAACAAUUCGCAAGAAUUAGUACGUACAAAUGAAUGAUGAAAAAAGAUGAAAAAUUCAAUCCUCCAAUCUUCUAAUAUUGCUAUUAAAUUGAGCUUCUAAAUGCUGUACAAUAUUAAUCGGAAUAAAAUAAAAUUACUGUAUGUAAAAUCUUGAGAUGAAGCAAUUAUGUUUUGAAAUGCUAAUUAUUUGACAUCAGAUUGCUUUUUUUCACUUUCAAAAACUUUACUUUCACUUUUCCUUUAAAUACUUUUAAAGUUUAUAAAUAUUUCAAUAUAUCCAAAUCCAUUAUAAAAUUAAAAAUGAUCUAACAACGGUCAACUAGCUACCAUCUUUUGCAAUCAGGGAACUUUAAAUCUGUCUUAAGAAAUUGUUCUAUGCACUUUAUGUAUAUAUAUUACAUAAAUUUCACAAAAGUUCAAGUUUCAACCACAAAAUCGAAAAGAAAUUUAAAUGGAAGUGUUUUUCUACUCCCCGACUUCGCUUCUUCUUGUUUAGUUAGUGUAUUGUCUUACGAAUAAUCUUAUGAGGAAAUUUUCAUUUGAAUUGAAAUUUAUAAUUAAGAAUGACAGAAACUAUUUCUUUUCUUUUCCUCAGCUUCAUUAUAAAAGAAACUUCUUCUUGCUGUCAUUAUAUUUUUUUUAAAUAUUUGCGAAAAUUUAACCUUGCCUGAAUUUAACAAAAAGAAAUUUAAACAUAACAUAGAGACAAAAGUAUAUAUUGUCGAGCAAGCUGAUAUGAUUAUUAUGAAAUAUUAAACAUCUUUCAAAUUUUAAGAAACAAUAGAAUAUCUUUUAUAUUCUUUUUUUAAUCAAAAGAUAUUAUAGGGAAGUUUUCGCAGUGAGAGUUAUUUUUUUAAGACGUCAAUAAAUUUAACAAAAAUGUGAAAGAAUUUUGUAACAGUACCUAAAUUUAUUCAGUUUUCCUCCAUACUUAUUUUAAUUGGAUGAAAUAUUAGUAAAUACUUAUAUUGGGUAGAUUAAAGUACUAAAGAAAAUCAAAAUUAUUUUAUGCAUCAGUCCACUAUUGAAAAUAACUGAGAGAAAAUUGUAAACUUUAGAUCUUUGAGGUCGUAAAAAGAGCGGAACAAAGAGGGUUUUAUGAUAUUUAUUUAAUCAAUUUAUUACUAACAUGAUCUUUUAUAUUAUUGUUUACGUACAUCUAAAUAUAACUUUUGAAAAAUUACCUUGGUUGGAGAGUUUCACAUUUGUUUUUAUUUUCGCGUAUCGGAGUUCACUUAAAUUGUUCAUUAUUUUAAAAAUGAAAAUCAAAAUAUAUAUUUAAAGACAGAUUUCAAUUUUAUAAUUAAGCACUUAGAACCUUACGUAUUGAGUAGAUAUAUAUGUAAAAAUAUGGAUAUUACGCAAGCACUUACUUUAUGGAUUAUAUGAACACAAAAUUUUAAGGAAAAUCACAUCAUGAACUUUUGAUUAGUAAUUCUUCUGUUUCAAACUUAUGUAGGGAUAUAUAAAAGUUAAACAAUAACAACAAUCUAAAUAGAUGAAAUCUUCGCAACAUUUAACAAACAAUUUUUGAUAAGAUAAUAAGUAGUAAAUGGUAUCUCUCUUUCAUUCUCUCUUUCUCUAUAAAUUACAGUAAAUAAUCAAAGUAAAAAAUUCGUUAGUGUUUUUUUUUAUGUUAGAGAAAAAAAAGAAGACAGGUACCUAGUGAAGGAGAUGUAAAGAAGAACAAUAGAAUUAUACUUCAUACGAAUAACUAACGCAAAAAGAUGAUAGUUAAUAUAUUAUAUAUAAACUUAUGCCUUACAAAAUGAAAGAAAAAUAAGAAUGAAACAAUACUUUUAAUGAUUUAACUUGGUUUAUAGUGAUCUAGAUUAUUAACAUGAAUACUAGUGAAUGUAUAUUUAAAUAAAUGUAUUUACUGAUGAAUUGACUACACAUAUAAUAUAUUGAUUUAUAUAAUUGAUUCAGACGAAAACUUCAUCUUUAUAUAAAUGCGUGGUAGAAUGGAGAGUCCUUGAAAUCUUGUAAAUAAUUUGUAAAUAUUUAGAUGAGGUCCUCUUACAUGAUUCCGCGAACCACAAAAUACAAUAAGAAAUGGGUUUCUAUGGGCUUUUUUGUACAAUUUCAUGAUGAAACUAGAUACUAGUAUUUUGUAUUUUUGAAAUAAAAGAAAAAGAAAACUACUCACAUGAUGAAUUAUAAUCAAAACAAAACAACAAAGCAAAACAAAAUCAAUCCUAAUCCUUUACACAUAUGAAUAUUAUAAUAAAUACAUAUUUGGGGAAAAGGUGUUUAGUUCGUAAUUGCAAGAACCAUUUUAGAAAAUAAGAAAACAUAUUUGACUGGAUAUAUAAUAAAUAAUAACGAAGAAAGAAUAUUAAAACAGAAAUCUUCGUUAACAUUAAAACAUUUAUGUAUAUUUUUUUUUCUUUGAUUUUAUAAUAUAAUAACACUUAAGAUUUCACAAAUUUAGUUUUAGUUACAAUUUUAUACUUAACAACCUACUAAUAACAAAGAUUUGGUAUUUAAGAAAUUUUCAAGCCAUUUUCUGGUAAAUUUUUCUUUUUGUCUUCUUAAACUUUAUUAAAAUUUCAGCCUACAAUGUUGAACUAUGUCUAAAUGAAAAUAAUAGCAUG